ACAGGCUAGAACAGCCAAGGAUGUAAAAGCCUGGCGUAGUUCGGGGUGUACGUUUAAUGGGAAGAUGUGGAAAGGCCCUGAUAACAAACCAUGUCUACCUUCCUAUUACUUUCCUUAUUUUGCGAAAAUGGCCCAUGGUGUGGACCAUUGUUCGAGGGGAGGAAUGGUAGAUGCAGUUAAACAACAGUGGUUUGUUAAAGGCUUCUCAAAUUACUCACAAACUUUUUCAAAAAAGUGUUUAACCUGCCUGAAGGUAAAUUCAGCAGGUGCAGUUCAAAAAACCCACACACAUCCAGAACCUGAUAUGCCAUUUGAUCACUUACAAAUGGAUUUCAUUGAAUUGACACCAUGUCAGAAAAAGAAGUAUGUGCUUGUGAUCGUUGACAUGUUCUCCAAAUGGGUGGAAGCGUACCCAACAACUCAUCAGGACACACUAACGGUAGCAAAAAUCCUGAUGAGAGAGAUUAUUCCUAGAUUUGGUAUUCCUAGGAAAAUAUCCUCGGACAAUGGACCCUCCUUUGUGGGAAAAAUCCUGACACACAUUAGUGAUGUGAUUGGCAUGCCAUUGCACAAACACUGCGCUUAUCAUCCACAGAGUGCAGGUUUGGUAGAGAGAACAAAUGGCACAAUUAAACAAAAAUUGAUUAAGGUCUGUCAGGAGACAGGGUUAAAUUGGGUUGAAGCCCUUCCAUUAGUCUGUAUGAGUUUGAGACAGAGAGUGUCAUCAAGAACAAAACUCUCGCCGUUUGAAAUAAUGUUCGGACGGCCACCAAACACGGGAUGUGCUCCCAAAAGGGACACAUUAGCCCUAGAAGACGAUCACAUGCAAAGAUAUUGUGCAACGCUGUGUUCUGUGUUGUCUGAUGUGCACAGGAGGGUGAAGGAGUCUUUACCUAGUCCGGCAGUGACGGGACACACUGUACAACCAGGAGACUGGAUCCUGACUAAGAUCUACAAGAGGGCUAACUGGAAAGCUGAUCGCUGGCAAGGACCAUUCCAGGUGUUGUUGGUUACUCACACUGCAGUAAAGAUUGCUGAGAGGGACACCUGGAUCCACAUCUCACAUUGCAAAAAGGCUCCUACUCCAGAGUAACCUCACAUUUCACCAUGGCGAAGGAAACGGGCAACUGUUUCAAACUCUGUAAGGGACUUGCAUUUGCAGUCGCUUUCAUCAUGAUGGCUGCAUCUACCUGGACAGCGGUAUGGAUCUGCACACAAGAAAAGCCAGAGAUAAAAACUGGACUUAGAGAUCCAAAGACUAACACAUUUUGGCAAUAUGCCAACUUCACAGUGAGGGAGAACUCCACCUGGAUGGGAAGAGAUCGCGUUAAAGGAAUUUGGUGAUAUUGAAAUGCAACAAACAAAUAAUUCAAUACGGUGAAACCUAAGGUGAAAAUAGUAUACAGAGUAAAUGAAGUCAUUGCAGAAAGUGAUAAACAUGUAAUGAUGGAUGUACUUCUCUGUGUUCUGUAUUCAUGUGAAUUUUUUUAUUUUCCGUUUGUUUCUAAUGUGUUUGUUUAUGUAGUAUUCGGUGGAGUACCUUAAGUGGUCGCAUAGGCAGAUGGACCGUGAGAGAGUUUUCCCUUCUAGUUGGUAAAAGAACGUAUCUUUUGAAAGUUUUGACUGCCAGUUGGGUUUUUCGCUCUCACACUCCACCAUUAUGCUGAUCUCAUUUAUUUACCUGAUUAUAUUUUUUAUAUUUUUAUUUUUUUAUUUUUUAUUUUUUAUUAUUUUUUCCUCAGAAUGUAGAAGGUUUCGAGUGUCCAAGUGACAUGGGGAGGAGUUGUCGUGGAAGGAAAAAUUAAGUUGUUUGUCACUGAAACUCGAACCUUGAAUAAGGGUUUUGUUUAUACUGUUUAAGCUACUGAAUAUGUUAAAUGAACACGAUGUACUAGAACAGAAUAUUCCACUUCUGUUUGAUAGCAAGUUAACAGUUUAACAACAUCAUUGCUCUUAUCUAUAUGGGUUGAACCUCUAUCUAUAAAAAACAUUACAAAUAAUGUUUUUUGGUCCUUCAGCCUGCAUACGCUUUGCUGACUGUUUGGAUCCUCUGCAGAGAAUAAACUAUCAUCUUCUUACUAA